GCCAUGGCCGCCUCCACCAUGUCUGUCUGCUCUGAUGCUUGCACCAACUCCUCCUGGCAGGUGGACGACUGCCCAGAGAGCUGCUGUGAGCCCUGCGGCUGUGCCCCUAGCUGCUGCCAGCCCAGCUGCUGUGCUCCUUGCUGUGCCCCCAGCUGUUGUGUCCCCAGCUGUUGCCAGGCCAGCUGCUGUGCCCCAACCCCUUGCCUCCUCUGCACCCCAGUGAGCUGUGUGUCCAGCCCCUGCUGCCAGUCUUCCUGCUGCACACCCUCAUGCUGCCAGCAGUCUAGCUGCCAGCCAGCUUGCUGCACCUGCUCCCCCUGCCAGCAGUCCUGCGGUGUGACCCUUUGCUGCAAGCCUGUCUGCUGUGUGCCAGUCUGCUGUGGUGCUUCCUCCUCAUGCCAGCAGUCUAGCUGUGAGCCCUCUUGCUGCACCUCCUCCCCCUGCCAGCAGUCCUGUGGUGUGACCCUUUGCUGCAAGCCUGUGUGCUGCACACCCAUCUGCUCUGAAUCCUGCUGCCAGCAGUCUAGCUGCCAGUCCUCCUGCUGCCAGCCCUCCUGCUGUGUGACCCUGUGCUGCAGGCCUGUGUGCUGCACACCCAUCUGCUCUGCCUCCUCCUCCUCCUGCUGCCAGCCCUCCUGCUGUGCUCCUGUGUGCUGCAAGCCUGUGAGCUGCAAGCCCUGCUCCAGCCUGUCCCUGCUGUGCAGCCCUGUGUGCAGACCUGCCUGCUGUGUGCCCACCUCCUCCUGCUGUGCCUCCUCCUGCCAGCCCAGCUGCUGUCGCCCAGCCUCCUGUGUGUCCCUGCUGUGCCGCCCUGCCUGCUCCAGACAGGCCUGCUCUGGACAGAAGUCCACCUGCUGAUGGGCUGUCUACUGUAGGCUUGUGUCUUCCUGAUCUCUCUCAGCCCCUUACUCUGCUCCUGAUGUAGGACCAUCCCAGGACAGAGCCCCAAUACGUUCUAUACACCGGCUUGAACUAUCACCCUCACUCCCAGGAGCCCUACCUGCAUCCUAGAUUAUUGUCCCUCCAUUCUGUGUCUCUCAUCUUUGGCACCAGCCAUUC